AACCAAACGUAUGUCAAAGUGGUAGUCUUGGCUUGUAGAUAAUGUAAAAGCAAAAGGAGAUUUGAACUCAAGUAAAUUAGCACUGCAUUCUGUUGAACUGGUGCACAAGGUGGUAAUAUCAAACGUUCACCGUGACUUCAGCCAUGAGGGAAUCAAUUCUGACAAUAUGUUUGGCAACAGUAUGGAUUGGAAUUGUUUGCGCACAAUCUGAUUCAUGCGCGGGUCGAUGCGGGGACCCUCUGAACAGCGCCUUCAACUGCCAGUGUAACUCUGCGUGUAGCAGGUAUGGCGAUUGCUGUCCGGACUUCAGUGUUUAUUGCCAGGAAGACAACUGUCAGGGUCGCUGCGGUCAGUCGGCGGAUUUCAACCGGCCGUGCCAGUGUAACCCGUCCUGUGUUACGUACGGCGAUUGCUGCUCGGACUAUCAGGUCACUUGUGUUAACGGUGGAGGUGGAUCAACCCCCGGUGUCUCCACGCUGGCGGCGGCCAUACAGGACAUCUGGAACAGCGACACGAACCGUAUGAACGUCGGUACCGAUAUCGUCAUAGAUCUGAACGGAAACACCAAGCUGUUCAGCUAUGUGAACGAAGCAUUUUUCUCCCGUCCCACGUAUCAAGCCUUCAUCGCCCUCCUCGACAACUACGACCGAACCAUUGGCCGGGCCGAGUCGCAGUCCAGCGCAGAAAGCACGGAGAUCAACAAUUUCAUGAACCUCCUCAUGUCCUCAGAGGCGAUGACCAUUGGCAUGAACUUUCUGAUCUCACAAGGCAAGGCCACUGCCAGCUCGUUCCGUGGUCUCGUGUCCGAGCUCUGGUUCAACUUCUACUCUCGCUCAUCCAGCAGUUCCAUACUAGACAGCUCCGGUUUCGAGCAUGCCAUGGUCGGAGAACUGCAGGGAACCUCCUCCGUUUCCGGUUUCCACAGCUGGAUUCAGUUCUACCUUCAGGAGAAAGCCGGGAACCUAGAUUACACCUCCAUGGUGUCUCAGGCCGAGCCGAAUGUGAAAGGGGCCGCGUUCACCUGGUUCGGGGCCCCGAAAGGCAAGGGCUCCUUCUUUCUGGGCACUAGCCCCGAAUGUGACCUGGCUAUCUACACUGUGUGUGCGCUCAUGCAUCCCAAUGCCAAGUGCAAUUUCGCUCUAAAUGGAAACAGUCUCUCUGUACAGACCUGGGACAUCGCUCACAAAGCCGGUAACCAGAUUGGCUCAGCAUAUCCGGCCAUCUAACACCGAUGACUCAGCAAAGAGUCGUCUGAUAAGAUUCGCUUCUAUGUCAGAUGCAAUAAACGUUUACACCGAUA